UGACAAACUCAUAUAAUGCAGCCAAAACUUGGGGAUUUAUGCGAAGGGCUUCCUUCCCUUCCCCACUCACCCACCCACCCACAAACACACAGAGCUAAAUCCACCGCAACAAACACUCCUCCCAGUUGCCCAAACUCAAGGCCAGAAACCAGCUCCACCCCAGGCUCAGUGGACGAUAUCUCUCCGUCCCGCCCCAGAGAGCCACUUUCUCCCAUUCAAAACCCCCCACGCUUCGGAACGCUCCAGCUGCCACGCACCCUGAGUGGCUCAGGGCGCAGCGAUGGAACGUUGAGACAAGCGCCAUUUUCGCUCCGCCUCCCCGUUGCCGUACUAAAGGACACGUUGGAAAAGAGAGGUGCACUGGGACAAAUAAAAGCAAGAAUCAGAGCUGAAGUUUUUAAUGCGUUGGAUGACCAAAGUGAACCACGGCCACCACUGUCUCAUGAAAAUCUUCUAAUCAAUGAGCUAAUUCGUGAAUACUUGGAAUACAAUAAAUAUAAAUACACUGCAUCUGUUCUAACAGCAGAAUCUGGUCAACCUGAAGAACCAUUGGAUAGGCAAUUCCUUGUCCAUGAGUUGAAUAUAAUGGAAGAUCCAAAUAGAAGAUCAGUCCCUCUCUUGUAUGGAAUUAUAGCUCAUUUUUUACAUGGUAGUAAAGGAGACACCCAUGAUACGUUUCCAAAAGGAUCUUCACUGCAGUUUCCAGGACAGAACCUCAGCAAACUACCUAAUGAAAGAAAUCGAAAGGAUUCAAUUCCAGAACCAGGGAGGAUGGCUGGCACUAGCAUUGAAGAUCACCUAAUUUUACAGGGUGUAAACAGAUGACAAUUCAGUUUUUUGUCCAUUUUUCAUUUAAACAAUGAAGACUGGAUCCUGCAAACCCUUAUUCACAUGAAUAGUUCUUGCUUACGUAAGUUGUCCCUUUGGCUUUGGUGGGACUUCUUGAAUGAGUAAAGGCUACUCAUAAAUCAGACUUUGUAGGAUGAGGCCCACAAUAAUUUAUUGCUGGAAGAGCAAAGUUAGCUCAGGGCCUGUUCCUGCUAUGCAAGAAGGGGCCCAAAAUGUUUUCAUCUACAAAAAUAAGAAUUUUCAGGAGUAUUUAUUCUAUUCCAGAACUCACUAUUUAACUCAAUCUUUACUCUCAUUACUUUACACUACUUUUUCUGCACCUGUGAAAUUACUAUUACUGUACAUGUGAAUAAAAGCUAACUUCAUUUUCUGUUUUA